AUGGACUGCGAUGCGGCGUCUCUGGGGCACCUGGCCUUCGAGUGGCACGGGGAGCGCGAGCUGGGUUGUGGUGCGGAGAUGAAGGGCGUGGGCGCUGUUUCUGAAGCCUUUUCCGCCUCGCUGGCGAGGGAGCCUGAUCAGCUUGAUGGGAUGUCGUCCUCCGUCUCCUCCGUGCCCUGCGCGUUUGUCACAACACGCCACACGAAGCGGUUUGAGGGAGACGACUGGAAACGUGUGCUGGAAAACCAUGUUGAGGCGCUCUGCAGUGCGUUUGUGACCGAGGCGGCUAUUGCCUGCCACGUGGAAUUAGAGGACAUCAGCGAUCUCGAGUUCCGGCUGGGCAGCUUGUACGUCACAUUCCAUGUCUCGCACGACGCGGACGUCGGGGAGAGUGAGGUGCAGGAGAGGGUUGAGCUCUACCCCUUCCGCGAGGUGAUGCGGCUGUAUGCGAACCGCGAUGCUCCGCCAGGCGGCCUGGAUGCGGCGCUUAGGCGCAUUUCGGAGCUUGAGAAGGAGAUGAAGCAGAAACUAGAGAAGCUGCAGGAAGAGAACGCGAGCAAGGUGGCGGAGCUUGAGGCUGCGAGGCGGCAAAUAGAGGGGGAGCUGAUGCGGCAGCUGCACGAGAAGGAGCGGGAAUUGGGUGACGCACUCAGCAAAGCGCAGGAAGCGCUGCAGACCAGCGAGGCUGAGAACAAGCGCCUCGAAGAGGAAAUGAAAAAGUCACUUGAGACCAUUAAACGGGAGCGCAAGCGGCUUGAGAAGCACGCAAUGCACCAGAACGAGUUGAUCGCCGCCAUUAUUCAGGGCAACAAGAAGGAAAUGGAGGCGAAGGAGCGUGAGUUCGAGGAGAACCUGCUCGAAAAGGAUGUCAUCAUUGAGAACCUGCGCACCCGGCUGCGCUCAAAAAGUGAGCCACCCAAUGGCGAGAGUGUUUCACGCGCCGCGUCGGUGGACACGGACCGCGCCGAGGAGUUUGCGAAGCUCAUGGGUCGCAUGGAGGAGAUGGCCAUUGUGCUGGAGAAGACGCAGGAGUCCGAGUCGGAGGCGCGUGGGGAGGUCCAGCGUCUGUCCGAGGCGCUAAAGCUCUCAGAGGAGGCACGUCAGUCUGAUGCAGUCAUUUAUGAAAACAACUUGCUGGCACUGAAGCAGCAGCUGCAGGCUUUUCGCGACACUAAACUCGCCGAGGACCAUCAGAAACGUCAAGAAGAGUCCCGCGCCCGCCGCAGUACAAAUCUCAGUAAGGAGGAAAAGACGAACGAGACUAUUGUGCGUCAGUAUGAAACGGCGUUGGAGAACAUCAUUGGGACCUUACAGGAUCGCCUUACAAUUCUUCGUGAGGAGUACGCCUCUUUUCUGAGGGUCUCCGAAGAGGAGGCAGUAAACGAGAAGAAUAUACUCGACGAACACGAACAGGACAGCCAAAGGGUGCGGCAAACGUUCCGCACCGCGUCGCUGACGUUGCAGCGUGUGUUCUGGAGCACGCGCGAGAAGGAGGUGCCAGAGGUGAUCGCGGAGUUAGACAACGCGGCCGCAUCCGCGGAAAAGUCGAGAGCCGCAGUUAAGGUCACUCUGGCGCUGCUGGACUCGCGCCUGCAGUCCUUCAGCGAGCAGAAGGAGUGGAUGGAGACGCACCAGCAGUCGCUAGAGGACCUCCUUGCGUCCCUUCGGCAGCUGAACAAACGGGCGUUCCAGCGACAGCUGUCCCUCAUGAACGAACAGGCGGCGCGGUCUUCCACAACCCCGUAG